GCCAAUGCUUGAGCUGCCGUAAUACCUUAGUCGAAGAAGAAAAAAGGGCGGAAGUUAGCAAAAAGAAGCAAAGCGACCAGUGGCCAAAGCGGUCCAGUCGCCGGGAAGAAAAUGUCGUUUACGAAAGACUUCGUACGGAAACGAUUACUGCAGGCUGCUGACGAAAUAUAUGACAUGUUUGAGAGAACGGUAGCGUCAUACGAGAAGGAACUUUCUCGAAUCAGGAAGGAGAAUGAGCGACAACGACGACAACUGGAAGCCAUUACCGACACUGAAGUUGUCCAGCAGCUGAAGAAUCAAGAAGAAGCAUGUUCCCCUCAGCCGCAGCAGAAGGAUCCACAGCCCCCUCAUGUAAAAGAGGAAGAGGAGGAAGUGUGGAUCACUCAGGAAGAGGCAGAUCUUGCCAAAUUGCCACUGACGGUUGUCUCUGUAAAGGCUGAAGAUGACGAAGACAAUGAAAACGAAGACAAUGAAGAUAUCGACCAGUCCCAAGCAGACAGCCUCUUAGCUCCACUCUCUGACAGCGACAACACAACGUCCUCUGAAAAGGACACAACGUCACCGACGGAAACAAAACGUGACACAGGUCAAACAGGUUUCACCUGCUCAGUCUGCGGCAAAAGAUUCCCCCGAAAAGACACUUUGAUUGCGCACAAGAGAACGCACACGGGUGAGAAACCCUUCCGGUGUUCACUUUGCUCCAAAAGAUUUUCCUACAAGUGCGAUUUGACUCGACACAUGCGGACGCACACCGGGGAAAAACCCUACACGUGUUCAAUUUGCGGCGAAAGCUACUCGCAGAAGUCCAAUUUGUUGGCACACGAGAGGACGCACACCGGGGAAAAACCGUUCAUUUGCUCCGUGUGCGGCGACGCCUUCGCCCAAAAGAUCCACAUGGUCGCGCACAUGAGGACGCACACGGGAGAGAAACCCUUUGCUUGUUCCGUUUGUGGUAAAAGCUAUUCUCAAAAGUCCAAAAUGAUCACACACAAGAGAACGCACACAGGCGAGAAACCCUUUAAUUGCUCAGUUUGCGGCGACGCCUUUGCUCACAGGUUAUCUUUGAACGCACACAUGGAAACGCACAAUGAGGAAAAGCCUUUCAGCUGCUCCGUUUGCGGCGAAAGCUUUUCCUACCGCUCCACUAUGCACGGACAUAUGCGGAUCCACCACCGUAAGCCCGUUGCCUGCACCAUUUGUGGCAGAACAUUUGCUCUGAAGAAGAUUCUGACGAUGCACAUGAGAACGCACACGGGAGAAAAACCUUACAAUUGCUCGUUUUGCGGUAAAGGAUUCACCCAAAACACACACAUGCUGUCGCACAUGAGAACGCACACGGGAGAAAAGCCCUACUCCUGCUUACUUUGUGCUAAGACGUUCUCCCGCCGUGACACUUUGACGGCACACGUGCGGAAACACGACGGAGAAUAAUCCUUUUCCCCGCAGUAUGUCAUCAGAGAUUACAAAGUUGUAUAAGCCUGAUAUCAAUUGGGCUACAGAAGUCUACAACAAUGAAAUGAAAUGUUACCAACUUGAUAAUAAUUAUUUAACAAAGUAAUUUUUGUUUAGGAGAUAUAUUUGCUGUCAAAAUGUUUAUUUUUUUUGCCAAUAAAUGUCAUGUUUUUGUACGUUUA